AAAAUGAAAAUUAAGAUAUUUUGGCCCAACUUCAAAGCACAAAACGAUGUGUAUUGGGCUGUUAAUUGACCACGAGAUACUCGUCGUACAGAACGCCAGUACUAAACAGUCUCACUAAAAGAACAGCAACGGCAAGGAGAGUCCCGAAACUAGACAAAAACUAUUACACACCAACGGAUCGAAAUAAAAUGCAAAAUUUUAGUGAAAAAGUGGUGUUUGCCGAUGCUAAUGAGCAAUUUGGCAGACACUUAAAAGCGGCCAUCGAUAUAGAAGCCGGUGAUGUGCUGAUCGAAGAAUCACCUUUGCUGGUGACCACCCAUUGGGAGUGUGAACAGAUGAAAUGUGCAAAAUGCUGUGAAGAUUCGUUCGUUAUGUGCAAGAAAUGCCAGUUCUUCCCCCUUUGCAUAGAUUGUACCGAGCAUGAUGCCUUUGAGUGUGAAUUUUUUACCAAAGCUACAAAGGCUAUUUCCAAAAAUCUCCUUAUCAACACAUAUGCCCUCAAUUCGAUACUGAAACUUUUGUUAGUUAUGGAGAAUCCGGCCACAUCGGAAAAGUGCACCAAUUUAGUGCCACACAAUUUCAAAUUGAAUGAAUAUCGUAACACGGACAUGUGGCAGGAUCAUGAAGUCAGUAUUGUACAACCCAUAAUGGAUUCGGGGCUCAUGGAUUGCUUUCGCAGCAUACAAAAGGCCAAGGGUGAUAUGCAAGACUCGGAUUUUUUGCAUAAAAUGUGUAUUCUGAUUGAUGCCAAUGCCUUUGAGGUAUCGAGUAAGGUCACAGGGGAUUCCUUAAAGGGAUUAUAUGUGCAUGCUGCCAAAAUGCCGCAUCAUUGCGUGCCCAAUACCGCCACUGCCAUCGAUAAUGACUACAAUAUGAAGAUCUAUGCUGCAGUGCCCAUAAAGGCGGGGGAAGUCAUUUACAAUUCUUUUACCAAUCCCUUAAUGGGCACCAUUCAACGUCAGCAUCAUUUACGCAUGACCCGCCACAUUGAGUGUCACUGCUUCCGUUGCUUAGAUCCCACCGAAUUGAAUACCCACAUGAGUUCUGUCAAAUGCAAAGAGUGCCCUGAAGGCUUUGCCAUAUGCUCGCAUGGCAAAUGGAUGUGCAUGGACUGUAAUGCCGUACUGGAUGCAGCAUCUGUUCAGAAGCUAUUGAUACAGGCUUCCGAGGAUGUUGGCAAUGCCAAUGGUGAUGUCAUGGCCUACGAGCAACUAUUGCACAAAUAUGCUGGAGAUUUUCAUCCCAAUCAUUUUCUGAUGAUCGAUUUGAAACAGAAUAUUGCCACCAUACUGAGAGCUGUGCUAAUAAAUUCCAUGCGUGAUCCCAAUAAGGAUGUUCUAAGGCGUCGGGUCGAUUUGUGUGAGGAAAUUUUGCCAGUGGUAAAGGCUGUUAUACCAGGAUAUUCCAAGCUGUAUGCGAUAGCUUUGUAUGAGUAUCUGUUGUCGUUUUUGGAAUUGGCCGAACUGGAUUUUCGCAGUAAAGAGAUACCUAAGGAUUUGUACAUUGAAAAAUUACAAGUUGCCAAAGAAAUUUGCUUGGAGUCCAAGGAGUUAUUGUCAUUUGAGCCCUCAAAUUCGCCCGAAGGUCACUUAGUAAGACGCAUUGCCAUACAACAGGAGCAAAUUGACGAGAGUCUAAGCAAGUUCGAUAGUAAAUAAACCAAUUAAAAAUGUAUCGUUAAAUCGAAAAAAAUAAAUUAAGUAGUACAAAAUAUCAA